AUGAAAAUCAUAAUUGUUUGUGUUAUCAUCACAAUAGUGACCGCAUCGCGCAAUCAUUUUCCAUCACAUUUGAUCACUUUAAAUGGUGAUUUGGCCCAGACAGGACAUGGAAUUGAACAGCAUCCAAAUGGAUUUUAUACAAUAAUACAUAAUGGCGAUAAUAUGCCAGCUGGCGAACAACUGAUGCAGGGUGGUGAAGCAAAUGGUCUACAACAACAACAGCAGCAGCAGCAACAACAGGAAUUAGCUUCAAAUGGCAACAAUGGUGGAGUAUUGGAAACCAGCACUAUGGAGAAUAUUAUAGAUCUUAAUCGGGCCCCAGAGCCAGUCACCGAUACUCCCGAAGUUGAACAGGCAAGACAGGCCCAUUUUGAGGCUUAUCGGGAAGCAGCUUUAAUGGCUGCAUUGGCCCCUGAUACUGAAGAGUCCAAUGGAAAUGGCUCGUCUGAAAACGAGCUAAAUGGCUUACAAUUGGAUGAGCUGCAGCAGAACACCCGCGAAAUGUUACUCAACAAGCAAAAAUCCCGAAAACAGCUAUUGACACCAAGACGUUCUUCCGCCUCCUCGGCUUCUUCUUCGGAAUUGGAAAGAGUUGGUCAAGAAAUUGGACAUCAGCAACAACAGCAAUUGAUAACAACAUAUAUUUUAACCGCCAAGGCUGAGGCUCAUGCCUUGGGUUCAGGAGCAUCCAGUUCGGAAUUGAGAAAUGGUGGCGAGGAUAAUGGAAAUGGACGAAAUGGCAAGGCCAGCGGUAAUGGAAAAGAAAAUGGCAAUGGAAAUGGUCAUAGCAAUGGAAAUGGACGUGGCAAUAGCAAUGGAAACGGAAACGGAAAUGUUCAUAGCAAUGGAAAUGGUCAUGGCAAUGGAAACGGUCAUCAUAGCAGUGGAAAUGGUAAUGGAAAUGGUCACAUUAAUGGAAAUGGCAAAACAAAUGGAAAUGGUCAUAGCAAUGGAAAUGGUCAUAGCAAUGGAAACGGGCAUAGCAAUGGAAACGGCAAAACAAAUGGCAAUUCCAUCAAUGGAAAACUUAAUGGCAAGGGAAAUCUAUCCAAUGGCAACGGAAAUUUGCAAACCCUAAAUCUCAAUUCAAAUGGACAUACUUUGCUUAACGGAAAUCUUGGCCUCAGCAAUGGUUUGGAUAAUGGCGUCCUUCACACCCUUGCCCUGGAUGAACCUCUGCAGUUGCCCAACACCGCAAACAUCGAUACAACCUACUAUACUGUGGACACCCCAGAUACCCACUAUACUGUUGUUAUACCACCCCCAACAGUUUUGAAUACUUUGCCCCAGUUGGAAUCUAUACGCCUGGGGGAUCAUGGCGCCAGUGAUUCAAUUGCCAUACCACUAUCGAAAAGUUUCACCUAUAUAACUCAACGUCUAAAGUCGCCACAUGCCUAAGGCGCAUAGUUUGCAUUGAUAUUUCUCCGUUGUUAUCUGUUGUGACAGUAUUAAGCCCAAGAUCCAACACACGUUUAUUCCAAUCGAGUUAUA